AUGCUGUCCUUCCUGUUUGCCAUUCAGGAGGUCAACCAGGAUCCUAAGGUCUUAGCCAACAUCACCUUGGGAUACAACAUCUAUGAGAACUACUUUGACACAAGGAUGACUUCUGAUGCCAUAGUAGAUCUGAUCUCUACUGGACAAGCCAAUGUUCCCAACUAUUCCUGUGGAAGACAAGAUCUCCUCUUGGCCGUCCUUGAAGGAGCUGACUCUCAAAACUCCAUCCAGAUUUCAUCCAUGCUGGGUGUUUACAAGGUCCCACAGGCCAGUUACAUUUCUGUUUCUCACACUCUGGAUGAUAAAGCGCAGUUCCCUUUCUUCCACCGGAUGGUCCCCAAGGAAGAAAGCCAGUACCCAGGGAUAGUCACACUGCUCCGAUAUUUUGGCUGGACAUGGAUCGGCCUCAUUGCUCCAGACACUGACAACGGGGAAAGGUUCACAAGGACCAUGAAGCCCUUGCUUCAAAAGCAUGGCAUUUGCGUCGCCUUCUCCCAAAGCAUUGCAGAAAGAGGAGCCACCACCUUUAGAGUGAAAAGUUCUUCUGUUCUCACUUGGAGAGGAGUCAACAUCUUUCUUUACUACGCUGAGACUUUUUCCUUUGUCGAAGGGAUCGUCAUGAUUUAUCACGUGGCAAAAACCCUCAAAAUGCGCACUGUAGGUAGAAUGUGGAUCACAACCGCCCAGUGGGAUCUCACAGUGGAGCUGAGCUAUAGCCCUUUCUCUGCCCAAAAUGUCCAUGGCAUAUUUUCUUUCCCUGCCCAGACACAUGAAAGGAGAAAAUACAAUGAUUUUAUCUCCUAUUUUAUUCUUAUCACUAAACUCAUGGAGAAGGCCUUUAGCUGUCCGUAUUCAGAGCAUGCUUUAUCUGUGAAGGUCUGGAGGAGAUGUACUGAGAAAGAAAUUUUAAGGACUGUCUCCAAGGAGGUGUUUGAGAGGACUCUGUCUCUGGAUAGCUUUGUCAUUUACAAUACCAUCUGGGCUGUGGCACGUGCCAUACAUGAGGCCUAUUUAUCCAGAUCGAAGCAGAUGUUGAGGGAGGCUGGUGGAGACCAAUCAGGUUAUCGGAGGAUCCAGCCAUGGCAGCUGCAUCACUUCCUCAGAAAUUCCCGUUUAUACAACACUUCUACAAUGGAUGGAAUAUAUUUGGAUGAGGAUGGAGACCUUGCGACCGACUUGGACCUUGUGAACUGGGUGGUCUUUCCCAACCGAUCGGUCGCAAGAGUCAAAUUUGGGAGUUUUCAAAGACAGGGAAGCCCUGAGCGCAAGUUCACCAUUGACCAGGAGGCCAUGGUUUGGCCCAGAUGGCUCAACCAGAAUGUCACACUUAACUUGAAUUUGGUUAUUCUCUCUCUAAUUCUCAGCCUCAUCACAUGGGAAAAGACAGCGGAAAUGGAGCUGGAGAGUAGCGGCUUUCUCUAUGCCUUACCCCACGACCUCAGAGCGCUUCAGUUCUCUUCCCAUGCUGACAAAUGCACCAAGUGUCCAGAAGAUCAGAAGCCUAACAAGGACCGAGAUCAGUGUGUCCCCAAGUUGAUCACCUACCUGUCUUAUGACAAAGCUCUGGGGAUCAUCCUGGUUUGCUUCGCCCUGUUCUUUUCCUUAGCCACAGGCUUUGUCUUAGGGAUCUUCAUUAAAUUCUUACAAACUCCAAUAGUCAAAGCCAACAACCGAGAACUCUCCUACGUUCUCCUCAUCUCCCUCCUACUCUCCUUCUUGUCUUCUUUCUUAUUCAUUGGCCAGCCAAGGAAGUGGACUUGCCUUCUCCGACAAACGGCCUUCAGCAUCAUUUUCUCAAUUGCUGUCUCUUCCUUACUGGCCAAAACCAUCACUGUGGUGCUGGCCUUCCUGGCCACAAAGCCAGGGAACACAGCAAGAGGAUGGCUAGGGAAGACUUUGGCCAACAGCAUUGUCUUAUCCUGUUCCUCCAUCCAAGCUGUCAUUUGCACCCUCUGGUUGAGCAUCUCUUCCCCCUUCCCAGACUCAGACAUGAACUCCCAGCCUGGAGAGAUCCUUCUGAAAUGCAAUGAAGGCUCAGUGGCCAUGUUUUACCUUUCCCUUGGCUACCUGGGCUUCCUGGCUGCCACAUGCUUCACAGUGGCUUUCCUGGCUAGGAAGCUGCCAGGGGCCUUCAACGAAGCCAAGCUGAUCACCUUCAGCAUGCUGGUCUUCUGCAGCGUCUGGGUCUCCUUUGUGCCCACUUACCUGAGCACCAGGGGGAAGUACAUGGUGGCCGUCCAGGUCUUCUCCAUCUUGGCCUCUGGCGCUGGGCUCCUGGGCUGCAUCUUCUUCCCCAAGUGCUAUAUUAUUGUCCUGAGACCUGACCUGAACACAAAGGAACACCUCACGAUGAAGACAAAAGUUGUCAUCUGA